AUGGAAAAAGUUGUUCUACGCCACCGGGUGGAAACUCCAAUACGGUAUCAGGAGCAUUUUCCUGAUCAAGAUUUGGAAGCCUGCAAAUUAAACCACUCCUUGUUUGCAUUGCCAAGUCCAGCAUGGCCAGCGCAGAUAAGGAACAUUGGUGCAUCCAAGAGAGCGGCUGAAACAGAGCAGGGAAGCACAGAUGAAGCAACCCCCAGAUUUCAAGCCUUACUGGAUGUAGUGCAGUUUCGUCCUGAAGAUGUCAUAAUACAAGUCUUUGAAGGAUGGCUCCUAAUCAAAGCUCAGCAUGGACCCAGGAUGGAUGAACAGGGCUUUGUAGCAAGAAGUUUCACUCGGCAAUAUAAACUGCCAGAUGGCGUUGAAAUGAAAGAUCUGAGUGCUCUCUUCUGUCACGAUGGCAUUUUGGUUAUUGAAACUAAGACAUUUGGCGGUAAAUAAAUUCUUGACUGUUUUGUUACGGGUGAGACAAUCAUAUUCCUCCUUCUGAUGUUGAGCAUGCGUAUUUGGAGUUAAAGCAAGCUUUUACAUAUUUUUAUUCAGUUUGUUGGGGGGGGACCAUUUGAGGAGCUUGUUUGUGUGACGUGAGAGACAAUAUUUUUCUCAGCUGCAUGUAUACAGUCAGACAUGCUUAAUAAUUUUGACAAAAUAGAAAAAGUUUAAAAGGAAACAAGGCAGAUGUAAAAUGAUAUAUAAGAUCUACAAAAGAGAAUGAAAAUGGAAGGCUGCAUUUAAGGUCUCAAAGCUUUAUACUGAAGGAAAAAGUUACAAUUUAAUUAAUUUAAUUUAAUUUAAUGGUCUGCUGUAUAGGUUUUGCUGUAAAGCUGUUCAUACUCUUGAAGAGACAUGGCUGCCAAUCUAAACAAUGUUAAACAGUCCCAAAUAUAGACAAAUACUUAUUAUUUAUUGCAUGUAACAAUUUAACUUCAAAGAAUUAUUGUUUCUGCCAAAGAUUUUUUUUGUCUAUGUUUCUUUAAAUACUUGAGUAUUCUGCUUUGGUAGAUAACAGCUGUUUAAAUCUGACUGCCUUUUUUCAAGCAUAAUUAUUAUGAUAAGUAUGAUUGCAAUUCUAAGUAUAGUCAAAGAAUUCAGAAAAAGAUCCAAGCUAAAUACAGGCUUUUAUUAGAGGCAUAUUUGGAGACUCUGAAAGAAAGAUAAAUUAACAGCAACUUUGUUCUAUGUUUUAAAUAUUUUCAAAAGACCAAGUCUUGAUCUAAAAAUUCUGAUCCGUUAACACCAGCUAUAGUUUCUGUUAGAUAAUUUCUUGGGAGAGUGAAAAGGGGGGGGGGGACUUUUUAAGAGCCCUGAAAUCCACAGAUCCUUCUCUUAGAGAUGAUCAGUAUGGAUACAGGCUGACUGGAAAUUUAUUUUAAAUGAGCAAUGUCAGCAAUCUGAUUGUUCAUUAAAAUCCUCCUGCCGUUUCCACUUAGUUCCAUGGCUUAUAUUUCAAUGGCAUGAUGAACCAAUAGGU